AUUUGUGCUGUUGAACCAAAAUCAGACGUGCAAAUCUGUAUCUCAUCCCGACUUUCCCUUUAGAUCGGAUUCCAUCCCCUUGAUUCUCCUCUUUUCGGCCGUCGAUGGCGGCUCCGGCUGACCGGCUCCGCCCUGUCGUGAAGUUUUCCGGCCAAGGGAUUCGUUCUGACGAGGAUUCCGCGGAGUCCCGGCGUCUGCUUUCGAGCCGUCUUGGUGCUGAGAAGCCCCAAGCGCCACGGCGUCAGCAGUCGUUUACUCGAGAUAUUGGCCAUGCUGCUGCGGUAACGCUUCUUCUUACUCGGUUGGGCUUCACUCUCCUUCGAUCUCUUGGGGUAGGGUACCGGUGGGUCGUGAAGUUAACUGCACUUGCAGUGUAUGCCAUUCUGCUUAUGCCCGGUUUUCUUCAAGUUAUGUAUGAUUAUUACUUCUCAAGUCAGGUUCGGAGGGAUAUUAUUUACGGAAACCAACCGAGAAAUAGCUUGGAUCUGUAUCUACCUACAAAUACUGAUAAAAAAAAACCAGUUGUGAUAUUUGUUAGCGGCGGAGCUUGGAUUAUUGGGUAUAAAGCCUGGGGAGCACUUUUAGGACUGCAGUUGGCAGAGAGAGACGUCAUUGUAGCCUCGAUUGACUAUAGAAACUUCCCCCAGGGUACAAUUAGUGACAUGGUGAAAGAUAUUUCUCAAGGAAUUUCAUAUGUAUGCAAGAAUAUAGCAGACUAUGGAGGAGAUCAGGACAGAAUCUUUCUGAUGGGACAAUCAGCUGGUGCACAUAUUUCCGUUUGUGCCUUCUUGGAGCAAGCAAUCAAAGAAGCUGGAAAAGAAGAAAGUGUAGAUUGGAGUGUCUCCCAAAUAAAAGCUUAUUUUGGUUUAUCUGGAGGGUAUAACUUAUUGAAACUAAUUGAUCACUUUGAUAGUCGGGGUUUAUAUCGUUCCGUCUUUUUGAGCAUAAUGGAAGGUGAAGAAUCUUUGUCCAAAUUUUCCCCGGAAAUAAGAAUCCAAGAUCCUAGCAUUAGAGAUGUUGUACCCAGUUUACCAUCUUUUGUUCUUUUCCAUGGCACUGGUGAUUAUUCAAUCCCGUCAGAUGCCAGUGUAACGUUUGUGGAGACACUUCGAAAAGCAGGGGCACAAGCUGACCUAUUUCUCUAUGAGGGAAAAACUCAUACAGAUUUGUUCCUUCAAGAUCCUUUCCGGGGAGGAAAUGAUGAACUAUUUGAUCAAAUAGUUUCCAUAUUACAUGCUGGCGAUGAGGAAGCUCUUGCAAAGGAUUCUAUGGCCCCGCCAAAACCACGCCUUGUUCCAGAGAUUUUGAUAAGAUUGGCUCGAAUGGUUAGCCCUUUCUGAAGCCUUCCUCUUGUCUUUAUGCUUACAAAUGACUGCUUCUGUGGGUAAUAUCAAAAUAUUACCACUGUGUUCACUGUGUGCAUUGGCUAUUAUGUAUAUUGCUAUAGAAGCUCCUGAAUCUAGUCUGCAAUAGCAAUUGCAGGGGAGCAUUCAAAACUUCUAUUCGUUGUAGCAUUACUGAUAUUAGUAGUGCCUAUUGUUGGUCUAGAAGUAGCAAACCUAAGAUUACCCAUUGAAUUAUGUAUUAUUGUUUGAAUACAUAGCUAUAUAAUAUCUACCAAUUCGUUAAUUUA